CAUCUCGACCUGGGCUGCUUCGUGGCUUCCUCACUUGCCCUGCAAUCACCUGCACUCGCAACACUCAACACUCAACAUUGUUUGCACUCUUUGCACUCUUUGCGUCCUCUACAUUCUCUUUCUCGGUGCUGGUAGCUCCUCUUAUCCAAAAAAAAAAAAGACCAAAACUUCUCUCCCUUCGGCCCUCUGGCCCCUCGUUCGUUUCCUGCCGCACCCACUACAUAGGCUACCUCGUUGCCGUUCGUUUGAUCCGCCUGCCAGACUCCUUCUCUCGCUCAUCACAACCUAACCACACGUGCCAUAUCAUGAGUUACCAAUCCUUUCUGCGCUCUGCUUCAGGCGCCGGCAUGUCAGACUCAACUGCGUCUGCAGCACGCACUCCUUCUUCUCCCACUGUCGUUCAGCGAAAGCCCACUGGAUCGAACCCUUCUCCGGGUCCAGUGUCCUCCCAUCCUCCCACCUCCUCCAUCCACAACGUCGUCACUCGUAAUGCUCCUGCUGCUUCACCAAAUAAUCCCACCCGCCUUCCAGUCACGCCCACCUCUGCAGUUCGCUCGUCCGCUUUACGGUCGAACCCCAUCACCAGCGCACCGCCUCCGUAUGACCACACCACGACGUCCACCACGCCUCCGGCAACUUCGCAGCCAUCUGCUGUAGCCCCCAGUUCCACUUCGCCUCCCGACCCUAUGACUCGCUUACCAUUGACAAAGGAACAAAUCGACGCUGCCCUCAAGCAAUGUCUGAGCAUUCAAACCACCGCCACGUCCCUGCACGACAAGCGACCCUUUGCCGCCCUUCUGCUCGCUCCCAAUAACACCUCUGUCCUGCUCACUCACUUCUCCAUCUCCCACGUCCAACAUGCCGAAUCUGAGCUUGCACGUCUUGCUACAAUUCAUUUCUCCCAAAACUUUCUUGCUGCAUGUACUCUGGUGUCGACCUGGGAGCCGUGCGCCAUGUGUGCUGGAACCAUUUACUGGUCCAACAUUGGCCGCCUUCUCUACGCCGCAAGCGAAUCCACCUUGAAAGACCUCACCGGAGCCGGUAAUGAAGAGAACAUGACCUUGUCCUUGCCAUGUCGCACGGUUCUUGAGGCUGGUCAGAAAGAUGUCGAGAUUAUUGGGCCGGUCCCCCACUGGGAGGAUCAAGUUGCACAGGAAAGCGGCAAAUGGUGGAACGAGCAUCCUGCCCCAUCUCAGACGGCACCUCGAGCUGACAGCAUCAAUGGGAGCGUCAAGCCCGGGAGCAUCUCAAGUGCCAGUCUCCAGCAUGGCACCCCAACCACUUGGACCGGCGAGGACAGCGUUCUGAGCAGUAUCAAUGACGAAGGGGAAUACAAGGCUGAGUUGGACAUUGACUGGAUGCGCUGAAAAUGACACCAGGCUUGGACGGUAUUAAUGAGAUUCACCCUAGAAGUGAUUUUGGAUGUAUCAAAUACGGCCAACGUACAGUCUUGCCCGUCUCAUGAUUUGACGGGCGUGGCCAACAUAAGGUAUGAGGGAUUCGUAUGCAGGUAAUUUCUCCAUAGAAUCUGUACACAAACAGUCAAACACCUAAUAGUGACAAUUGAAGUGAUGCUAUCAAGCAUA